AUGAUACUGCCUACGCUCGAUGGAGCAUCCUCUGCUCUGCGGAAAACAAUCCCUCUCUGGAUCAACGGUCGACAACACGUCACAGCCAACACAUUCACCGUGAGGAGCGCUAUUACUGAAAAGCCAAUUUAUGAAUGUUCAGCUGCAUCUCAAGCUGAUGCAGAUGAGACAUUGUCAUCUGCGGUGUCCGCCUACCCAAACUGGGCCAGCACCAAACCGGCUGCUCGCCGCGACAUAUUACUUCGAUCUGCCGACCUGUUCGACAAGCGUCGCGAUGAGCUGGAAGACACAAUACGAGAGGAAAUCGGAGCCGAUGCCGGCUUUGCCAGAUUCAACACGGCCACAACUGCGGAGAUGUUUCGAGAUGCUGCCGGAAGACUGGCACAGAGUCUGACUGGCCAAAUUCCACACCCCCAGCAAGACGGCCAGAGUGCUUUGCUUUACAAAGUGCCUUACGGUGUUGUACUUGGAAUAGCUCCAUGGAAUGCGCCAUAUUUGCUCGGAGUUCGUGCUGCCUUGUAUCCAAUUGCAGCAGGAAACACUUGCAUACUGAAAGGAGCUGAAAUGAGCCCGCGGUGCUUCCACCAUAUUGGCGAGAUUUUUCAUGAGGCCGGUUUACCUUCUGGUGUUCUAAACAUUCUGUAUACGCAACGCCAGGAGUCUGCUGCGGUGACAAACCGUCUAAUUCACGCCCCAGCCGUUCGGAAGGUGAACUUUACUGGAAGCUCGGUUGUGGGGUCUUUGGUAGCCGCCGAGGCAGCCAAGGUCCUGAAGCCGGCAUUGAUGGAGCUUGGUGGGAAAGCCUCAGCAAUUGUCACCGAGGACGCUGACAUCAAGCUCGCAGCACGAGAGUGUGCGCGCGGUGCAUUCGUCAAUUCAGGACAGGCGUGCAUGAGCACGGAGCGCAUUCUCAUAUCGAAUAAGAUUCUUGAGCCUUUCCGCGAAGCCUUCUUGAUGGAGGUAGAGAAAUGGGACUCUGGUGUUGGUAAAAGCUGUAUUCUGAUUCAGGAGGGGGCCGUGGACAGAAAUCGACGGUUGGCAACCGAUGCAGAGGCAAAGGGAGCAAAACUGUUGACUGGUGAUCCUCACGGCCGCGAAACUUUUCCCGACUCUAAAGAAGAAUCCAAGCUGCGAUUGAAGCCAACGGUUAUCGAGGGAGUUGAUAAAACCAUGGACGUUUUCUAUGAGGAAAGCUUCGGACCCACUGUAUCUCUUUACUCAAUAGACUCUGAUGAAGAGGCUCUUGCACUGGCAAACGACACUGAAUAUGGCCUGUCCUGCUCCAUCUUCACCAGCGACCUUGGACGAGGGCUUAGGAUGGCCCGACAGGUGGAUACCGGUGCUGUUCAUAUUAAUAGCAUGAGUGUUCAUGAUGAGGUUGCAUUGGCGCAUGGUGGUCAGAAGAGCAGUGGCUGGGGUCGUUUUAAUGCCGAAUGGGGCAUCAAUGAGUUUUUGCAGCCGAAAACGGUCACAUACAUGGAAUGA